AUGCCUAUCUACAAUGCCGUCGGAGUCAAGAUGGCCCUACACACGGCAGAGCUCGAGGCCACGCUCUCUAGUGGGAAAUACUCCCGCGAGAAGGACGCAGAGGCCGUCGCAGCUGUAUUCGAGAGGAUUAGUCAACCCCUCGAAGAGAAGCCGCUCGGCUCGCGCGCCGGCAUGCAUUUCAUCGGGCCUGACGAGGAUAUGCCGAUGUUUCUGGUACAAGCAGGAGGCAUCGCAAAGGGAGAGGCAUAUCACAGUGACCUUGCACGCGGAUCGAUCUCCACGGGAAAAGAACCCGCAGGCAGCGCGGGCGCCGGACCUUCGAGACAUGCACGAGACAGCAUCACUACCGACUCGCAUCUAAUCUCACUGGGCGACACACCAUCCAUUGGCACGCCAUCACAAAGCUUGCUGGCCCCGUUGCGAGACAAUUCUUCCAUCCUCGAAACGCCCGCGAAGAUCACGGGAAUGGCACCACAGCCCUCCUCGAAUGUUGCACAAGCGCCGACAUACCGCCCAUUGCUGCCGAAGCCAGUACCGCAAGCUCUCAUGCUGUCGGUCGAUCUGCAAUACAAGACGUUUUUGCCCGGAUUGUUCGAGAGGCCUGGUGGAUCCGGGACCGCAAAAAUGGGCGAUCUGAAGACGGAGGUCUUCCUGAAUGGACAGCUCGCUGGAUAUGACUUCCAGAACCCACGGAGAAUCCUCCAUCUGCAGGAGAGCUCGGUCAUGAAGGUACGCCUUUCCAUUCUCACCGCAUGUGCUCUCGAUGGCGCAUCGAGUUGCCAGUGGCAUUGAUCUUUUUCAUGAGCACGGGAAAUUCCUAUUCUGACAUGCGACAGGCUCGCUUCUUUGGCACACGUUUUGCUCGACAGCUUGAAAAGCCUUGGACGUACCGUUCGACAGACGCUCUGAGUAACAGCUCAUACACUGCUCAGAGCCGUUGGGCUGCAGUUGCCGCACUGCUGAAGGAGGAAGCGCAAGCCCGAGGGACUGACAAAUGGGGGCUACGACCACAUACGGCAGAAUAUUUCGAGGCUUUGUCCGAUCUACCACUGCCCGAUGGCCUCGCGAACAACAGCAACUUUGGCGUUAUCGAUGCCGUCGUCACUCUCGGCAUCGGCCGAAAAGCCCGGUCAAGCUACAUCUACUCACCGGAGCGAAUGCAGUCCUCAAAAUUCAAACUAUUUCCCAGCGAUGGUCAGCCGCCAGACACCAGCGAGGUGUCUAUCGAUGCCUCUCUCGAGCAAAUCGAAUACGGAGAUAACAACGUGGACGUCGGUAUGGAAAGCUCUGCGAAUGCGCAAGGGAAUAGCAGCAUGGACAUUAGCAUGGAGGAACCAUCCCAGCACAACGAAUCUGCACUCGGUGGCUCUGUCUCAACAGCUAUGGCGGAGACACCGAGGAAGGACAAGAGAAAGCGAAGACGCACGAGAGUUGACAUGAAGGCAUCUGCAUUUCCGAUACCGGAUCUGUGUAUUGACAGCGCAGUGGGCUACGCCGAGGGUGAGGCUUCUCGACCUACACCAUACGCACGGCAUGGCGAAUUCAACGAGGAGAGAUUUGUCGUGGGCAUGCGCUUCAUAGUUAUUUAG